AUACUUGUAAUAAACCUCUCUCUCUCUCUCUCAUUUCUAAACACUUCUUUCGAUUUCUUUCAAUCAUCGUCUUCCACCAUAACCGUUUUCAACACUCUACAAAAUUACCAUAAACCCCUCUCUCUUCUUCUCAAUGCAACACUGAUAACACUCUCUCGAGUCUCCGAUUUGCAUCGCCAUGGCGGAAGCCAACCUCAUCGCCGUCGCGGACGCAAUUUCCAAUCCCUCCGGCGAGUUUCUUCACAAACUCCGUUCCGAUGAUGCUGUUAGGUCAGGUCUCGAUGCCUUCUACUGCCUUCUCCGCCGUGGACUCGAAUCUUCCGGUGGCGAUGAUGAUACUUUGCGUCUUCAGUCAUGGACUGAUUCUCAGAUUCACGCGAUUUCUUCUCUCGCGUUAGCUAUUGCUUCUUCUUCGAGAUCUUUAUCAGUGGAGCAAGCGGAAGGAGUACUUGUUGCGAUUGUGCAGCGGUCUAUAGAAUUUGCUUUGUGUUAUUUGGAGAAAUCUGGAUUUGAUGAUGAUGAUCUAGGAAUUCAGACCAAUAUGAUACAUCUUUUAGAGAUAGCUUUGGUUGAUGGAGUAAAUAUGGUAGUGGACAUACUACAACCUACAACUGCAAGUGCCCUAGUAGAUUUGCUGCCAAUGGUCGAUGAUUGUUGUGGUGAUUAUGUGGAUGACUACAAAAAAUGCCGUUUAGAAGGCUUCCCGUGCUCAAUGGAAGAAAAAUCAAUGGAUUGGCUUCUGAAGACAUUAGCUUCUAAACACAUGCCACAUGACAGGCAAGAAUCUGGAUUCAGCGAGCAGACCUAUUUUCAAUAUCUCAACACUUUUGUCUUUCUAUCCCAGCACUGGGCAGUUGUCCAUGGGAAAUGCACUCCUCGCCUGAUCUUGCUUUGCAAUAAACUAGCCAAAGUACAAGAUGUAUUUGAUGAGCGGGAACUGGGCCAAAAUUUUCGAAGGAGGCUAUCAUUCAUUUUGAGAAUGUUGAAGAUACUUGGAAGUCUCACGACAGAUGUUCCGUAUGUUGAAUAUGACGCCUCAUUGAUGAGGGCAGUUGCCUCAUUUACUGAUACUUUGUCUAAUUUGUUUAGAGUUAAGCUCGAGUUUGUGAGUACCUAUGCUACUAUCGAGGGAAGUUUGGAGAGCAUUGUUUUAAUGGUUACUGAAGAAUUUCUUCAUGAUGUUCAGGUUAUUUUUGGUAAUAGCAAUGUAGCUCAGAAUAUCCAAGCAUGUGUUGUAGCAUCUAUUCUAGAGAGUUUGGAUUCUUCUGUUUGGAUAUAUGACAAAACUGAUCCAAAUUCAAAGCCCCCUUUGUCUUUCUUCCCCCGAUUUGUUGUUUAUACUCUGAAACUCAUUAAUGAUCUGAAAAAGCAAAGGCACCAGAUUCCUUUUGAGCGGAAAGACUUUGAUGCAGAGCUUGUUGGCAGUUCUACUGACUCAGAAAACAAUUCUCUUUCAUACCUUGUUCAUCAUGGGUCUGUUCCUUUGCUAAAGGGAUACACUUUUGAAGAGCUUACAAAAUUGAUAUUUCCUGCAUCAAGCCAAUGGGUUGAAAAUUUGAUGCAACUUGCUUUCUUCCUUCAUUCUGAAGGAUUGAAAUUAAGGCAAAAAAUGGAAAGGUCCCAUUCUAGUUUGGCAAAAGUUGCUGGACCAUCCGAAAUCGAAAAUGCAGUGUGCCAUGAGGAUGAGGCUCUUUUUGGAGAUCUUUUUUCCGAGACAGCGCGUUCUGUUGGAUCUAUAGAUGGAUGCGAACAACCACCUGCUGCUGCUUUAGUUUCUAAUUCCAGCAAUCAGAAUAUGCCAAUUCAGUCUGCCAUAGAACUUCUGAAUUUUCUUAAAACAUGCAUCUUCUCUACUGAAUGGCAUCCUUCUCUUUUUGUUGAUGCUUGCAGCAAACUCAGUAAUACAGACAUUGAUAUUUUGCUUUCCCUACUCGAUUCUCAUGGCUGUUGGUCUGAAGAUAAUAUGUCUGAUGCUUGUAUCCCUUCACAUGAAGAUGGGAAGGUUGGGAUCAUCCAUGAACUAUCCUUUGAUCUUCUGCACAACCUUCUCACAAACCAUGCUUUGAGUGAUUCACUCGAAGACUACCUUGUGGAAAAGAUCCUUAUUGUUGAAAAUGGUGCUUUUAGUUACAAUGAUAGGACCCUCACCCUGCUUGCUCACGCGUUAUUCAGUAGGGUUGGUUCUGUUGGCAGUCAGUUGAGAACCAAGAUUUUUAGAGGCUAUGUUGCUUUUGUUGUUGAGAAGGCGAAAUCUGUUUGUGUAAACUGCCCAAGUAUCAAUGAACUCGUUGGUACUCUUCCUUCAUUGUUUCACAUUGAGGUGGUUCUUAUGGCCUUCCAUUUGUCCUGUGCAGAAGAAAAGGGAGUGAUGGCAAACUUAAUCUUUUCAACCCUCAAAGAAGUUGCUAACCCGGUCUUGGAUUUGAACAGCUCACUGUUAACAUGUUGGGCUUUGGUGGUUUCAAGGUUGAUCUUAGUUCUUCGCCAUAUGAUAUUUCACCAACAGACUUGUCCUACAUCAUUGCUUGUAGAUGUGCGGUCUAAGUUGAGGGAAGCACCAUUGUCUAGCUCAUCAUUGCUAAAUAAAGUUAAUGAUAACAUGUCAUCUUGGUCAUCAACUGCCUUAAAAAGCAUUGCUGGUGGAUUGGCGGGAGAUGAGGUUUUUCUUGGUAGCUUGAUUGGACAACUAAUUGAUGUUUCUGAGUCUUCUGCUUCACUCAGUGUGGAUGAUUUGACGAUUGAGAAAUUAACUUUGAAUUGGAAGGACAUAUACUGUACUUUCUCACUGAUUCUUGGAUUUUGGAGAGGCAAAAAAGCCAAUGCAGUGGAGGAUCAAAUUGUUGAAAGAUAUGUUUUCAACCUUUGUUGGGAUAUUCCUUGUAUAGGCUCUGAAGCUGACCAUCCAGUUUUAUCGUGGAAUCAAGGGCACUCCGUGGAUCUAUCUAAUAUGUUGCAUUUUUUCCACUUCAGCCAUUUACUCCUAGGCCAUCCAGAGGUCUUCGGAAACUUCACCAAUAUUCCAGAUGUUGUACUGAGCUUGCUUCAGAAUUUAGAUGCUUUGCCCAUACCAGAAGGCAUUGAGGAAUUAGGUUGGGAUUUCCUCAGAAGUGAAAUGUGGCUGUCUCUAGUGCUUUCCUUCACUAAUGUUGGCAUAUGGAGAUAUUGUAUAGACACUGCAAUUUCUGGGCACGUUUUAACCUGGACUGAGAGUGCUUUUGGGGAUGAGAAAUAUUUUAAACUUGCUGGAAGCGUGAUUUCCUCCAUGAUUGACUCUGGUCAAUUUGUAUUGCUAGUAAGGCUGUUCUCAUCCUUACUAAGCAAACGCGUGCAAAUUUAUCAGAGAGCAUUCCUUGAUGUCCUAAGUUACAAACAGAAGGUGGCUCCUGGGUUUUUACCACUCUUACUGCUGAAAUAUACUGGAAUUGACAAAAGCCUGCAGGAUGAGCUACUGGAGAGGAGUGGCUCCAAUGCAGAUGAGCUGCAGUCUGUUUUGAGCCUCAUAUCCAAGUUGGAUGCUGCUGUUGAUAAAAAAGCUUCAAAAACUCUUCCCAAAGCUUAUUGGGAGUGCAUUUUGCAUGGUUUUCCUUUAAACCAUUCUACUUCUAGUGCGACUCUGCUCUCUUGUGUUCUUAGCGUAAGAGGAAUCAUCUUUGUUCUCGACGGGUUACAUAAAAUAAAAGAAUCAGGAAGAAAUAUUGACUCUGAGACUGAAGUCUUCUUACAAAUAGUUGAUACAAUAAUGAUUAUCAAGUGUGAUAGAGUCUUUGAAAGUGUUCAUCAGAAAUGUGACACUAUCUAUCACAGCUCAAGUGCAGAACUGGAAUUGUCAAAUCUUACAAACUUGAUUCUAAUGAAGCAAAUGGAAGGGUUUUUGAAGGAUAUGAAUGCUAGAGGAGCAAGUGAUUGCUUUGUCCAUGAAUGGAUAAUCUGCAAAAUUGUUGAGAUAUUAAGCAGUCUUAGAAAAGAUCCUUCAAAGUCUGUUAUAUUUCACUUUUGUCUUGGUAUUGAAAAUGUGCCAGGGCAGACGAGCAAGCUUUUGCAGUUGCAUCUUGGUGACUGUUUGGUUCUAAUUGAUUCCUUAGAUACAUGUUUCUCUGAAUCAGUGAACGUGAAAGUUCUUGGGUUCUUUGUAGACCUUCUAUCUGGAGAACAAUUUCCUCAUCUCAGAACGAGGAUACAAAGGAAAUUCCUUGACAGAGAUAUACAGAGUGUAUCUAAAUGGUUGGAGAAAAGGCUUUUAGGAAGCAUAAUGAAAUCAGAUAGUGGGGUGAACUGUGCAAAGGGGAGCUCCAUUUCUCUUCGGGAUUCAACUAUGAAUUUUAUUCUGUCCCUUGUAUCACCGCCAUCUGAGAAACAGUCAAAAGAGUUGCAACAUCAUAUUUUCAAUUCUGUACUUCUAUUACUUGAUAAUGCUUUUUUGCUAUUUGAUAUUCAUGUGGCGAAGUCCUAUUUCAAUUUCAUAGUUCAAAUUUCAAGAGGAGAGCUUUUGAUGAAACAGCUUUUGACGAGGACUGUCAUGAUCAUGGGGAAACUGGCAGGCAAUGAAAAUCUGCUUCCGGGGCUUAAGUUUCUAUUUGGCUUUAUUGCAUCUGUCUUGGGAGAAUGUGGAUCUGGUAAAACUUCCUUGCAAAGGAUAACUAAGAAUUGCUCUACUGGCAAUACUGCUGGGGUAGGACAUGCGUCUGCUCGACUGGUUGGGUCCAGGAAAACUUCUGAGGCAUUCGUUGUUUCUUCCAAUCAAGAAGGAGGAUCAACCUCUCUAGAAUGCGAUGCUACUUCGGUAGACGAGGAUGAGGAUGAUGCAACCUCUGAUGGGGAGGUUCUUAGCAUAGAUAAGGAUGAUGACGAGGAUGCCAACAGUGAAAGGGCCCUUGCCUCUAAAGUUUGCACAUUUACUUCCAGUGGAAGCAAUUUCAUGGAGCAGCAUUGGUACUUCUGCUAUACAUGUGACCUGACUGUAUCAAAAGGUUGCUGCUCAGUAUGUGCUAAGGUUUGUCAUCGGGGUCACCGUGUAGUCUACUCACGCUCAAGCCGCUUCUUUUGUGACUGUGGAGCUGGAGGUGUUAGGGGUAGUAACUGUCAAUGUUUGAAACCACGGAAAUUUACUGCAGAUAACAGUGCACCUGUUCGUGGUUCUAACACAUUUCAGUCAUUUUUACCCUUUCCUGAAGAUGGAGAUCAGCUACCAGACAGCGAUUCAGAUUUUGAUGAGGACAUAAAUUCAGAUGUAGAUAACUCACUCAGAUUAUCUAUUACAAAAGAGCUUCAAGAAAUGAUUCCAUUGUUACUGGAAGAACUUGAUGUUGAGAGUCAGGUGCUCAAUCUUUGCUCCUCCUUGAUGCCUUCAGUAAUUAAUAGACGAGACUCCCACCAUUCUAAGGAUAAGAAUAUCAGUUUGGGAGAAGACAAGGUGAUUUCUCAUGGCAUUGAUCUCUUGCAGUUGAAGAAAGCUUAUAAAAGUGGAUCAUUUGAUCUCAAGAUAAAGGUUGACUAUUCUAAUGCCAAGGAUCUCAAGUCUCACUUAGCAAAUGGCUCUCUUGUGAAGUCCUUGCUCAGUGUUAGUGUACGAGGUCGGCUUGCUGUUGGUGAAGGUGAUAAAGUUGCUAUAUAUGAUGUUGGACAGUUAAUUGGUCAGGCCACCAUUUCACCUGUGACAGCUGACAAGACCAAUGUAAAACAUCUGUCUAAAAACGUUGUCCGCUUUGAAAUUAUACAACUCGCAUUCAAUCCUGUUGUUGAGAACUAUCUUGUUGUAGCCGGUUAUGAGGAUUGUCAGGUCCUGACAUUGAAUCCUCGUGGUGAAGUGAUUGAUCGCCUUGCCAUUGAACUUGCUUUGCAAGGUGCAUACAUUAGACGGGUGGAAUGGGUUCCAGGUUCACAGGUUCAAUUAAUGGUUGUGACCAACAGAUUUGUCAAGAUAUAUGACCUGUCCCUGGACAACAUCAGUCCAGUACACUACUUCACUUUGUCAGAUGACAUGAUUGUGGAUGCCAUUCUCUAUACAGCUUCCCGGGGCAGAAUGUUUCUUGUUGUUCUGUCAGAAAAUGGAAACAUUUUCAGGUUCGAGUUGUCAGUCAAAGGGAAUGUUGGGGCUGUGCCAUUAAAAGAACUUGUACAACUCAAGGGAAGAGAAAUUCAUGCAAAGGGAUCAUCGUUGUACUUCUCUCCAACUUGCAAGCUGCUCUUCAUAUCUUUUCAAGAUGGUACCACACUAUUAGGUCGACCAAGCUCUGAUGCAGCUUCUUUAAUAGAGAUGUCUUCUGUAUUUGAGGAGCAAGAAAGUAAGAUGCGACCUGCUGGAGUACAUCAUUGGAAAGAAUUGUUGGCUGGCAGUGGCUUAUUUGUUUGUUUAUCAACUGUGAAAUCAAAUUCUGCACUUGCGGUGUCCAUGGAGGAACAUGAGAUACUUGCUCAGAGUAUGAGGCAUUCAGUGGGUUCAGCCUCCCCUAUAGUCGGUAUGACUGCAUACAAACCACUGUCUAAGGAUAAAAUCCACUGUCUUGUCUUACAUGAUGAUGGUAGCCUUCAAAUAUAUUCGCAUGCUCCUGUGGGUGUGGAUGCUGGUGUCAUUGCAGCAUCUGAGAAAGUUAAGAAAUUGGGUUCUGGCAUCCUCACUAAAGCUUAUGCUGGAACAAAUCCUGAAUUUCCUCUUGACUUUUUUGAGAGGACUGUAUGCAUCACACCAGAUGUGAAACUGGGUGGUGACGCCAUCAGAAAUGGAGAUUCUGAAGGAGCUAAACAGAGUUUGGUGAAUGAGGAUGGUUUUCUAGAAAGUCCAAGUCCUACAGGUUUUAAGAUAUCCGUCUUCAACUCAAACCCUGAUAUUGUCAUGGUUGGUUUUCGAGUUAAUGUGGGUAAUACAUCGGCAAGCCACAUACCUUCUAGUAUUUCUAUUUUCCAGAGGGUUAUUAAAUUAGACGAAGGAAUGAGGUCGUGGUAUGAUAUUCCAUUUACUGUUGCGGAGUCUCUUCUUGCAGAUGAAGAAUUUACAGUGUUAGUUGGGCCAACCUUUAAUGGCUUAACACUUCCCAGAAUAGACUCACUGGAAGUUUAUGGCCGAGCUAAAGAUGAGUUUGGUUGGAAAGAGAAAAUGGAUGCAAUUUUAGAUAUGGAAGCAAGAGUACUUGGUUCAAAUGCAUCACUCGGUGGAUCUGGAAAGAAGCGCCGAUCAAUGCAAUCUGCUCCUAUUCAAGAGCAAGUAAUAGCAGAUGGGCUUAAGCUUAUUACCAAGUUUUAUUCAUCAUGUAGGCAACAAGAUUGCACAAGGCUUGAAGAAGCAAGAACAGAGCUGGGAAAACUCAAGUGCAAGCAAUUACUAGAAACAAUAUUUGAGAGUGAUAGGGAACCUAUCCUACAGGCUUCUGCUAGUUGUGUUUUACAAGCAGUUUUUCCCAAGAAAGAGAUAUACCAUCAGAUUAAGGAUACCAUGCGGCUCCUUGGAGUGGUCAAAUCAUCUUCACUACUGUUGUCAAGGCUUGGGAUAGGUGGUACUGCAGGAAGUUGGAUCAUUGAAGAGUUCACUGCUCAGAUGCGUGCCGUUUGUAGGAUAGCAUUGCAACGCCGUUCAAAUUUAGCAACAUUUCUGGAGACAAAUGGCUCAGAAGUGGUGGAUGCACUGAUGCAAGUUUUAUGGGGAAUUUUGGACUUUGAGCAGCCCGACACGCAAACCAUGAACAACAUUGUUAUGUCUGCAGUUGAACUUAUUUAUUGUUAUGCUGAAUGCUUGGCCCUCCAUGUAAAAGAUUCAGGAGUGCACUGUGUAGCACCUGCUGUUGUAUUACUGAAGAAACUUCUUUUUUCGUCUGAUGAAGCUGUUCAGACUGCUAGCAGUUUGGCCAUAUCUUCGAGAUUGCUUCAGGUCCCUUUCCCAAAGCAGACGUUGUUAGCUCCAGAUGAUGCUGUUGAGAGUGCAGUGCCAGUUCCUGGCUCAGCAGACACUAGUGCUAGAAAUAACCAAGUCAUGAUUGAAGAUGACACCAUCACUUCAUCUGUUCAAUAUUGUUGUGAUGGUUGUUCUACUGUACCUAUACUCAGGCGAAGGUGGCAUUGCACUGUUUGUCCUGAUUUUGAUUUGUGUGAGGCUUGCUUUGAAGUACUAGAUGCAGACCGACUUCCUCCACCACACUCUAGAGAUCAUCCUAUGACAGCAAUUCCAAUUGAAGUGGACUCUGUAGGAGAUGGCAAUGAAUUUCACUUCACACCUGAUGACGUUAGUGACUCGCUGCCUUUACCGGCUGAUAGCAACAUGCAGAAUUCUUCUCCAUCAAUUCAUACUUUGGAGCCCAAUGAUUCUGAAGAGUUUGCUUCUGCAUUGACUGAUCCUGUUUCAAUCUCUGCUUCAAAACGGGAAAUAAAUUCCUUACUACUUUCUGAGCUUCUUGAACAAUUGAAAGGAUGGAUGGAGACAACUUCUGGAGUCCGAGCAAUCCCUGUUAUGCAGCUUUUCUACAGGCUGUCAUCUGCCGUGGGGGGACCUUUCAUAGACAGCUCAAAGCCUGACAGUUUAGAUUUAGAGAAACUAAUCAAAUGGUUUUUGGAUGAGAUUAAUCUCAACAGACCAUUUGUAGCCAGAGCCCGGUCAUCAUUUGGGGAAGUUGCAAUUCUGGUCUUCAUGUUUUUCACGCUGAUGCUUAGAAAUUGGCAUCAGCCUGGUAGUGAUGGUUCCAUGCCAAGACACAGCGGAACUGCUGAUGUCCAUGAUAAAAAUGUAAUCCAACUUUCUUCGUCCACUUCGAAGACAUCAGUUGAUGACCAAGAGAAGAACGACUUUGCAUCGCAGCUGCUUCAAGCUUGUGAUUCUCUCAGGCAGCAAUCUUUUGUUAAUUAUUUGAUGGAUAUACUGCAGCAGCUAGUUCAUGUUUUCAAAUCUCCAAUUAACAGUGAAGGUGGGCAUAGUAAUGCUGGACCUGGAUGUGGGGCUUUGCUUACAGUACGUAGAGAUUUGCCAGCUGGUAAUUUUUCACCUUUCUUUUCUGAUUCGUAUGUGAAAGUGCAUAGAACAGACAUCUUUAUGGACUACCCCAGGCUUCUACUAGAGAAUGCUUUUCGACUGGUGUACACACUUGUUCGGCCAGAAAAACAUGACAAGACCGGAGAAAAGGAAAAGGUCUACAAGUUGUCUUAUGGUAAGGAUUUGAAAUUAGAUGGAUAUCAAGAUGUUCUUUGCAGUUACAUCAACAAUCCUCAUACCAACUUUGUAAGAAGAUAUGCCAGGAGACUUUUUCUGCAUCUCUGUGGGAGCAAGUCUCACUAUUACAGUGUACGAGACUCUUGGCAGUAUGCUAGUGAAGUCAAGAGACUUCAUAAACACAUAACAAAGUCUGGUGGUUUUCAAAAUAAUCCCAUUCCAUAUGAAAGAAGUGUGAAAAUUGUGAAGUGCCUUUCCACAAUGGCAGAAGUAGCAGCUGCACGUCCUCGGAACUGGCAGAAAUACUGUUUAAGGCAUGGGGAUAUUUUGUCGUUCCUGAUGAAUGGAAUAUUUUAUUUCGGUGAAGAGUCUGUUAUUCAGACUCUUAAACUUCUCAAUUUUGCCUUCUAUACAGGAAAAGAUGUUGGUCAGACUUCACAAAAAACAGAGUCAGGAGACUCAAGUUCAACCAAAUCAAGUAUUGCAUCUCAAGAUUCAAAGAAGAAAAAGAAAGGUGAAGACGGAGCUGAUUCUGGUUUGGAGAAGUCCUAUUUGGAUAUGGAGGCAGCAGUAGAUGUCUUCACUGACAAGAGUGGCAAUACCUUAAAGCAGUUCAUAGAUAGUUUCCUUCUAGAGUGGAGUUCAGUUACUGUGCGUGCAGAGGCUAAAUUAGUUUUAUAUGGUGUCUGGCAUCAUGCCAAACCAAUGUUUAAGGAAACUAUGCUAAUGGCUCUCUUGCAGAAAGUCAAGUGCCUCCCUAUGUUUGGCCAGAAUAUUGUGGAGUAUACAGAACUUCUUACUUGCUUGCUUGGAAGAUCCCCUGAUACUAGUUCAAAACACAAGAUUUCUGAUCUUGUAGACCGAUGCUUGACUCCUGAUGUAAUUAGGUGCAUCUUUGAGACACUUCAUUCACAGAAUGAGCUGUUAGCUAACCAUCCAAAUUCUCGCAUAUAUAAUACUUUGAGUGGCUUAGUGGAAUUUGAUGGAUACUAUCUUGAAAGUGAACCCUGUGUUGCCUGCAGCUCUCCAGAAGUACCUUACAGCAGGAUGAAGCUAGAAUCACUGAAAUCCGAAACAAAAUUCACUGACAAUCGCAUCAUAGUGAAAUGCACCGGAAGUUACACAAUCCAGACUGUGACCAUGAAUGUUCAUGAUACCAGGAAGUCAAAAUCAGUGAAGGUUUUAAACCUAUACUAUAACAACAGACCAGUUACUGACUUAUCAGAGUUGAAAAACAACUGGUCUUUAUGGAAGCGUGCAAAAAGUUGUCAUCUUGCAUUUGAUCAGACAGAGCUUAAAGUUGAAUUUCCUAUUCCAAUUACAGCUUGUAACUUCAUGAUUGAACUGGAUUCGUUCUAUGAAAAUCUUCAGGCAUUGUCUCUCGAACCAUUGCAAUGCCCACGCUGUAGUCGUCCAGUCACAGAUAAGCAUGGUAUAUGUAGCAAUUGUCAUGAAAAUGCAUAUCAAUGCAGGCAAUGUCGCAACAUCAAUUACGAGAAUUUGGACUCUUUUCUGUGUAAUGAGUGCGGGUACAGCAAAUAUGGGCGGUUUGAGUUUAAUUUCAUGGCGAAGCCAAGUUUUACAUUUGAUAAUAUGGAGAAUGAUGAAGACAUGAAGAAGGGAUUAGCAGCCAUAGAGUCUGAGUCAGAGAAUGCUCAUCGGCGAUAUCAGCAACUUUUGGGCUUCAAAAAGCCCUUGCUUAAAAUUGUGUCAAGCAUUGGUGACAGUGAAAUAGACUCACAGCAGAAGGAUUCCGUGCAGCAAAUGAUGGUUUCGUUACCUGGCCCCUCAUGUAAAAUUAACCGGAAAAUUGCUCUUCUUGGAGUUCUCUAUGGUGAGAAGUGCAAAGCAGCUUUUGAUUCUGUCACCAAAAGUGUCCAGACACUGCAAGGGCUACGUAAGGUGCUGAUGAAUUAUCUGCACCAGAAGAACGCUGAUAAUAGUGUGGCUUCAAGAUUUGUGGUGUCCAGAUCACCAAAUAACUGUUAUGGCUGUGCAACUACAUUUGCAACCCAGUGUCUAGAACUUUUACAGGUGCUUGCAAGGCAUCCGAAUUCUAAGAAACAACUUGUUUCAGCUGGCAUUUUGUCUGAGCUAUUUGAGAAUAACAUUCAUCAAGGUCCUAAAGCUGCCCGGGUUCAAGCAAGAAUAGUACUUUGUUCUUUAUCUGAAGGUGAUGUAAAUGCAGUUACUGAGCUGAACAGUUUGAUACAAAAAAAAGUUUUGUACUGCCUUGAGCAUCAUCGCUCCAUGGACAUUGCAGUUACUACACGCGAGGAGUUGCUAUUACUUUCUGAGGUGUGUUCUUUGGCUGAUGAAUACUGGGAAUCAAGAUUACGUCUUGUAUUUCAGUUAUUGUUUUCUUCCAUUAAGUUGGGCGCCAAACAUCCUGCCAUAUCUGAGCAUGUCAUUCUUCCUUGUCUGAGAAUUAUUUCUCAGGCAUGCACACCUCCAAAACCUGAGACACCAGACAAAGAGCAAGGCCUUGGAAAGUCUUCUGCAAAGGCGAAGGAUGAGAAAUCUCAAACUGUACCCGGGUCCUUGGCAGGUGCUGUCAGUGUCGGUGGAACAAAGACAUUUCCAGACUCGUCAGAAAGAAAUUGGGAUGCCACACCUAAGACUCAAGAUAUUCAGUUAUUGAGCUAUUCAGAAUGGGAGAGUGGAGCUACUUAUCUUGAUUUUGUUAGAAGGCAAUACAAAGUGUCUCAGGUGGUCAAAGCUACAGGCCAGAGGUCAAGACCCCAACGCCAUGAUUACCUUGCACUUAAAUAUGCUCUAAGAUGGAAGCGUCGUGUUGGUAAAGCAGCUAAAAGUGAGUUAUCAGUUUUUGAGUUGGGAUCAUGGGUUAAAGAACUUGUUCUGAGUGCAUGUUCGCAAUCUAUCAGAUCAGAGAUGUGCUCACUCAUAAGCUUGCUUUGUGGUCAAAGUUCGUCCAAACGAUUUCGGCUGCUGAAUCUAGUGGUUUCUUUGUUGCCUGCAACACUUUCUUCUGGUGAAAGUGCUGCGGAAUAUUUUGAAUUGUUAUUCAAGAUGGUAGAUUCGGAGGAUGCUCUUUUAUUUUUGACUGUUCGGGGGUGUCUACGGACAAUUUGUACUUUAAUUACCCAAGAAGUAAAUAAUGUUGAGUCUUUGGAAAGGAGUCUACACAUUGAUAUAACUCAGGGAUUUAUCCUUCACAAAAUGAUAGAGCUUCUUGGUAAAUUUCUUGAGGUUCCAAAUGUAAGAUCCAGAUUCAUGCGAGAGGACUUACUUUCUGAAAUUCUUGAAGCCCUUAUUGUAAUUCGUGGCUUGAUUGUUCAAAAGACUAAGUUGAUAAGUGACUGCAAUCGUCUCCUUAAAGAUCUUUUGGAUAGUCUACUACUAGAAAGCACUGAUAAUAAGCGACAAUUCAUUAGGGCCUGUAUCAAUGGUUUGCAAAUACAUGCAAAGGAGAAGAAAGGGCGUGCUUGUUUGUUUAUCUUAGAGCAACUCUGCAAUCUUGUAUGCCCCUCAAAACCCGAGCCUGUAUAUUUGUUGGUCCUAAACAAGGCACAUACUCAGGAAGAGUUCAUCAGGGGAUCAAUGACCAAGAAUCCAUAUUCAAGUACUGAGAUUGGCCCAUUGAUGCGUGAUGUGAAGAAUAAGAUCUGUCAUCAGUUGGAUUUGUUAGGUCUUCUUGAGGAUGACUAUGGAAUGGAAUUGUUGGUUGCCGGUAAUAUCAUUUCUCUUGAUUUGAGCAUUGCCCACGUUUAUGAGCUUGUGUGGAAGAAAUCAAAUCAAUCUUCCAACGUGACUAAUUCCAACUUGGUAUCCUCAAAUGCUGUCACCUCAUCUAGAUAUUGCCCACCUAUGACAGUGACUUAUCGACUCCAGGGAUUGGAUGGUGAGGCAACUGAGCCUAUGAUUAAAGAAUUGGAGGAAGAUAGAGAGGAGUCUCAGGAUCCAGAGGUUGAGUUUGCCAUAGCUGGUGCUGUUCGUGAUUGUGGUGGACUGGAAAUACUGUUGGGCAUGAUUCAGCGUCUGAGAGAUGAUUUCAAGUCCAAUCAGGAGCAAUUGGUUGCAGUUCUUAAUCUUCUUAUGUACUGUUGCAAAAUUAGAGAAAAUAGACGAGCGUUGUUGAAGCUAGGAGCUUUAGGUUUGCUUCUUGAAACUGCAAGGCGGGCUUUCUCAGUUGAUGCCAUGGAGCCAGCGGAAGGCAUACUUUUGAUUGUUGAAAGUUUGACUUUAGAAGCAAAUGAAAGUGACAGUAUAAGCAUCACACAAGGUGCCUUUACUGUCACUAGUGAAGAAGCUGGGACAGGUGAACAAGCCAAGAAGAUAGUUCUUAUGUUUUUGGACAGAUUAUCUCAUCCAUUGGGACUUAAGAAAUCAAACAAACAGCAGAGGAACACAGAGAUGGUUGCUCGAAUACUACCUUAUUUGACAUAUGGUGAACCUGCUGCAAUGGAUGCCCUAAUCCAGCAUUUUAGCCCGUACCUGCAAGAUUGGGAUGCAUUUGACAGUUUGCAGAAAAAACAUUUGGACAAUCCAAAGGAUGAUAAUGUUGCUCAGCUAGCUGCGAAGCAGAGGUUCACUCUGGAAAACUUUGUUAGAGUUUCAGAGUCCCUUAAGACAAGUUCCUGUGGUGAGAGAUUAAAGGACAUUAUCCUAGAAAAGGGUAUAACUAAAUUUGCAAUGAAACAUUUGAAGGAUAGUUUUGCCAAUGCUGGGCAGACAGGCUACAAGACCAGUGCUGAAUGGGUACAAGGUUUAACACUGCCUUCCGUCCCUCUUAUAUUGUCGAUGCUGAGAGGUUUGUCAAUGGGACAUCUCCUCACUCAGAAGUGUAUCGAAGAGGAAGGUAUCUUACCCUUGUUGCAUGCCUUGGAAGGAGUUUCAGGAGAAAAUGAAAUUGGGGCAAGGGCUGAAAAUUUAUUGGACACACUAUCUAACAAGGAAGGAAAAGGAGAUGGAUUCCUGGUGGAGGAGGUGAGUAAGUUGCGGCAUGCAACUAGAAAUGAAAUGAGGCGCCGGGCUUUGCGUAAAAGAGAGGAGCUGCUUCAGGGGCUAGGAAUGCGACAAGAACUGUCUUCAGAUGGAGGUGAACGCAUUGUUGUUUCCCGGCCUGUCCUUGAAGGUUUGGAAGAUGUGCAGGAGGAGGAGGAUGGGUUGGCAUGCAUGGUGUGCCGGGAAGGAUACAGUUUAAGACCUACUGAUUUACUGGGUGCUUACUCUUAUAGUAAGCGUGUGAAUCUAGGCGUAGGCACUUCAGGAAGUGGUCGUGGAGAGUGUGUUUACACUACCGUAAGCUACUUUAACAUUAUUCAUUUCCAGUGCCAUCAAGAGGCCAAAAGAGCUGAUGCUGCCUUGAAGAAUCCCAAGAAAGAGUGGGAUGGAGCAACACUUAGAAACAAUGAAUCUCUCUGUAAUUCUUUAUUCCCUGUCAGAGGUCCAUCUGUUCCUCUGGCACAGUAUAUCCGCUUUGUUGACCAACACUGGGACAACCUUAAUGGUCUUGGACGAGCUGAUGGAAGCAGGCUCCGCCUUCUGACUUAUGACAUUGUUUUGAUGUUGGCUCGCUUUGCAACAGGAGCAUCGUUCAGUGCAGAUAGCCGAGGUGGGGGACGGGACAGUAAUUCUCGGUUCCUCCCAUUUAUGUUCCAAAUGGCACGUCAUCUCCUUGAUCUAGGAAGCCCCUUGCAGCGUCGAACAAUGGCCAGGGCUGUAUCAGCAUAUAUAUCCUCUUCUACAUCAGAUGUCAGACCCUCUUCUCCGUCCGGCACCCAACUUACAUUGGGAACAGAAGAAACCGUCCAAUUUAUGAUGGUGAACUCACUUCUCUCAGAGUCUUAUGAGUCCUGGCUGCAGCACCGCCGUGCUUUUCUGCAGCGUGGAAUUUACCAUGCAUACAUGCAGCACACACAUGGUCGUACUACUGCUCGCUCAUCGUCCGUUUCAGCUUCUGUACAAGGUGUGGAAUCUGGAAGUACAGGCCAAAGUGCUACAACAGAAGCAGGGCAGAAUGAUGAGCUUUUGUCUAUCAUUCGUCCGAUGCUUGUCUACACAGGUUUGAUUGAGCAGUUACAGCAUUUCUUCAAGGUCAAGAAAUUGCCUAGUGCAACACCAGCAAGUAUUGAUGGGGUUUCGUCUGCAGCAGAAGGGGAAGACGAAAGUGGGAACCUGGAAGGAUGGGAGUUGGUAAUGAAAGAGCGACUCUUGAAUGUAAAAGAGCUUCUUGGAUUCCCAAAAGAGAUGAUUUCCUGGCUUGAUGAGAUUAACUCUGCUAGUGAUUUGCAGGAGGCCUUUGAUAUUGUUGGGGUUCUGCCAGAGGUUUUGUCCGGUGGGAUCACCCGGUGUGAAGACUUUGUGCAAGCUGCAAUCAGUGCAGGGAAAAGCUGAAACAAUACAGCUUUCUCUUUUCAUUUAUACAAAUAUUAACAGCAUAUUAUAUUCUGAGAAUGUAAAACGCUCAUGUACUAUGUUCUUUUCAAAGCAUAAAGAUGAUACAAAAUGAAAAGGGGUUAUUGUGAUGAAUAUGAAAACAAACAUGUUUGAAUCAAAGCUAUAAUAACUACUACCAUUCUGAAUAAA